CUCAUCGUUAUGUAAAUCUGGAAACACCUCAUUUUCUCUGAAUGUGUAGUAAUGUCUCGGUACUCCGCCUUGUUGAGGCACUUGUCAAACAGGUCUGCACUAAGAUUUGGGCCCAUCCUGCGGCUGCUUCCACAGGAAAGAGCAGCUGCGGAGCAUACAUCGGCAAUCCCGCAUAGCCAAAACGGUGAUAACUCCGGACAGACAGAAAAUGCCGGCGAAGAGAUGUCCAGCAGCAGCGAUGUCUCCAGACUCCUCAGUGGCCUUCGAGAGAGACUCAGUGCCUUUGAGCGGGCACACGCGGAUGCUGUGAGCCAAAAUCAGAGUGCAGAUGCAACAGGAAAUGGCACCCAGGCAGCUUCACCUGAAGCAGGCCCAUAUGCACCCGCUUCCGAGCAAGAUUUCUGGGCGGCUCCUCGGCAGCUAUAUAGCGCCGCUGCAGAGCUAGAGGAGUUUGAGGCAGCUGAAGAGGAUGCAGAAGAGGAGGAAGUUCCAGACCCGAGCCACUUUGAUGCGAGUGAGCUUGGGGACUCCGCAGAGGCGCGCAGGCUGCUGUCCAUCCUGUGUGCACCGCAUCAGGCAGCGGCAGAUGAGGCAGCAGGGCCGCGGUAUGUGGCCUCCCAGGACAGUGACAUCCCUGAUGCAGCCGCAGACAUCGAAUGGCGGGUGCAGCAGACCCGCGUGCGGUCACAUGAUGUCAGCACUGAAAGCACAGAGGAUAUAGAGCCCCUGGAUGACAUGCUUCAAGCAGAUCAGUUCGAGGCUGCAGAUGAAGAUGCAAGGGCGGAGACAGUGCCGAUCAAUGAUCAGAGGCUGCUCCAGGCAGGCAUUGUGGGCGUGCCUAACUCUGGCAAGUCCACCCUCACGAACGCACUCGUCGGCCACAAGGUGUCGGCGGUCUCCAGCAAGACAAACACCACGGACGCGACCAGGCUGGGGGCCUUCACGGAGGGGCCUGCACAGGUGGCGCUGUAUGACACGCCGGGUGUUGUGACUACGCGAUUUCUGCGCGGCAACCAGCAUGCCAAGCGCGUGCGCUCAGCCUGGGGCACCGCCUCAGACUGUGAGAUGCUGCUCUUCAUUGUCGACGCGCAUCGCCAGAUCACAGAGCCGGAUGAGCGGGUGCUGCAACUGGUGGAGGAGCUGGCAGCAGGGCCCCUGCCAUCCUGGGACCCCCCGCCUGCCCUGCUGCUUCUGAACAAGAUUGACCGUCUCUCCAAGGAGGAGAGGCCCCAUCUGAGUCGGCUUGGCGAGCAUCUGAACAGCAUCUACCCAUUCCAGGACACCUUCAGCAUCUCCGCCAAGCAUGGCGUGGGCAUGACGGCACUGCGCCAGUACCUGCUGUCAAGGAGUUCACCUGGAAAAUGGGCCCUGGAGGCUGGGGAGAGUACAGACAUGACACUCAAUGACAUUGCGCGCGAGGUGUUGAAGGAGAAGGUGUUUCGGCGGCUGUACAAGGAGAUUCCCUACGAGGUGCAGAUUGAGGAUGUCUCCUUCAAGAUGCUCAUGGAUGGCUCACUCCGCAUUGAGAAGAACCUGAUGGUCCGCAGCGAUCAGGUUCGGCGCAUUGUUGUGGGGAAGAAGGGCGCUGCUAUUGGGGAGAUUGGUGCCAGCGCACGCAAGGAGCUGGAGAUCAUGCUGAAGAAACGUGUGCAUCUUAUGCUGUACGUAAAAAUUACAAAGAAGAAUCAUGCAUGAAAGGAACCCCUGCUUGCGAGCUCUGGCUGCAUGUGCGUGCGUGCCACAUUGACCAGUCAGACUGUUACAGACUGGUCCAGUCUGUAACUGUUCUUGUAGGAGCGGUGCUAUGAUAUUACAGGAAGAAGUGAUUGUAGAAAAGUGAUUGUAACAGCAUGGCUGAGU